AUGGGUAAACUGGAUGUAACAAUAUUACGCUACUUGACAUCUGAAGACUUUCGCGUUCUCACUGCUGUGGAAAUGGGUAUGAAAAAUCAUGAGCUUGUACCAGGAUCCUUAGUAGCGUCUAUUGCAAAUUUACGCCAUGGUGGAGUUCACAAAUUAAUGAAAGAUUUAUGUAAACACAGACUAUUGACAUAUGAACGUGGUAAACAUUAUGAUGGAUACCGACUUACAAAUGCAGGAUAUGACUACUUAGCUCUCAAAGCCUUAACAAACAGAAAAGUAAUUAGUUCUUUUGGUAAUCAGAUUGGUGUUGGAAAAGAGUCAAAUAUUUACACUGUUGCAGAUGAAGACAGAAAGCCAUUAUGCUUAAAGCUGCACAGAUUGGGGCGUACAUGUUUCCGAAACAUCAAAGACAAAAGAGACUAUCAUGCACAUAGAAAUAAGGCCUCUUGGCUUUACUUAUCUCGUAUAUCUGCAACUAAAGAGUUCGCAUAUAUGAAAGCAUUACAUGAAAGGGAAUUUCCUGUCCCUAAACCUAUCGACUUUAAUAGGCACUGUGUUGUUAUGGAACUUGUCACUGGAGGGCCAUUGACCCAUGUGACUGCUGUGGAGGAUGUAGACGGACUCUAUGAUGAGCUCAUGGGCUUGAUUGUGCGUCUUGGCAACUGUGGCGUUAUACACGGAGACUUUAAUGAGUUCAACAUCAUGAUAGAUGAACAAGGACAUCCAAUUAUCAUAGAUUUUCCACAAAUGGUGUCAACUAAACAUCCAAAUGCUGAACUUUACUUCGAUCGUGAUGUGAAAUGUGUACGUGAAUUCUUUAAAAAGCGCUUCGGGUAUGAGAGCUCGCUGUACCCGAACUUUAGUGACCUCGAAAGGGACGACCACCUGGAUGACGAAGUGGCCUGCUCCGGGUACAAGAGGACACAUGUAUUGGAAGAUGAACUUUUAAUGGAAAUGGGUAUCGGUCUCCAUGUGAGCGAAGACGAAGCGAGCGAUAAUGAGGAGAAUCAAGAAGGCCAGGAGCAGAUCUCUACACAUUCUGAAGACGAAAUCACAAAUCUUAGACAACAGGUUGAAGCAUCAAUACAACACGACCAAACCCAAAUUCAGAAUGUAAUGAACGAUACUAAGAAUCUAUCAGUGACUGAAACAGAAGAAAUACCCACACUUGUACCCAUCAAAGAACCAGAAGAUGGUGAAAAUAAAGAAGAUAAAAAUAGUCAAAAAUACAGAUUAGCUAUGAUUGAGAAAGCACUGUCUGAAGUCAGAACUAUGAGAUCCUACACAUCAGCGAGUACUAUUGCUCCAGAAGUUGUCAAACAGCAAGUUAAGAAGAAUCUAGAAACUCGGCAAAAGAAGAUGGAGAGGAAGAAGGCGAUAGCAAAAGGAGAAGCUAGCGCUGUGACGCGCUCGAGAAGAGACAACAAAGAGACCAUUAGAGAGAGUCACGGUCUAUGGGGAUGGGCGGAA